CCAUCAUUAUCACAGAAGGCAUCGAACAGAUCGUCUCGUAGCGGAAGAUCAUCAAAAAAGUCUAUUUAUGAGAAGGGAGUGCUAGCUGUAUGCCCAUUUUGCAAAUCAAGUUCCGCAGAUCUUAGUUACUGUCUUCGAUGUAAAAAUAUAUUGCCAGAACACGUUGAAAAAAUAACUACACCCACUAUUUGGAUAAAUAAUAUCGCAUUAAAUGUAUCGCAAAGCCUCUCCAACGAAAUUUUAUCCAAUAAGAACGUACAUAAAGAAUCAACUAGUCAACAACCUUUGAAUUCUAUGAGUAGUGACAUAUUAUUGAUGUAUCCCUUACCACCAAAAAAAAGUAAUAUUUCCAUUCGUAGAACACACCUGAACUGUCUCAGUGAAAAUUUAUAUAUGAACGAUAUUAUUAUCAACUUUUAUUUGUUAUAUCUCUACAAUGAUAUAAUUAGCGAGAAGCAGCGCAUGCAAAGUAUUAUUUACGAUUCUUUUUUCUAUACCUGGUUAAAAAGCCAGCAAUCGAAAAAAAUAGAGACAUCAAGAAAAAUGACUCAACAAAAAAUGAGUAUAUUCAAAAAAGAUUUUUUACUUUUGUACAGAAAAGAAACAGGUCAUAAUUACAGUAUUUUUAAUAAAGAAAGUAUGAAAACAUACAACGUGGAAGUUCCUCAACAACCUAACACUACUGAUUGUGGAAUGUACCUAUUGAACUGUGCUGAGUACUUUUACAAGGAUUCCAGAGAUAGAAUAAAGGACGUUGAAGCGCACGAGCUGUGGCUUCAGACUCUUGGACUGCCACAGGACGGUCACCGAACAGUCAAAGUUCAUUUUCUGCCGCAGUCGAGAGCACUGGGCACAACCGUCUUACGCUCAAACACAAGAGAUAUGUAG